AGCCAUUUUAGCCAGCUAAAGCCCUAUUCGCGGUUGGAAUACCAGGUCGCCAUGCGCUCGUUCAUCGCCAGUCUGCUCUUUUGCGUCACCCUCUGUGCGGCUGAAGAAGCCGAAGUUACGCACAAGGUGUACUUCGACGUGAAGAUCGGCGAUGAGGAGGCCAAGCGCAUCACCAUCGGGCUCUUCGGCAAUGAUGUCCCCAAGACCGUCAUGAACUUCGUCCAUCUUUGCACCGGCGACAAGGGCAAGGCAUCCACCGGAGUGCCGCUGCAUUACAAGGGAAGCAAGUUCCACCGCAUCAUCCCCAACUUCAUGAUCCAGGGCGGCGACUUCACCCGUGGCGAUGGCACGGGAGGUGAGAGCAUCUACGGCUCCAAGUUCAACGACGAGAACUUCAAGCUGAAGCACACCGGGCCCGGUAUCCUGAGCAUGGCCAACGCUGGCCCCAACACCAACGGCUCCCAGUUCUUCAUCACAACGGUGAAGACAUCCUGGCUGGACGGUCGGCACGUCGUCUUCGGCAAGAUUGUUGAUGGCAUGGACACCGUCCAGCAGGUCGAGGCAGUUGGAUCGCAGAGCGGCACACCCUCUAAGAAGGUGGAGAUUGUUGACAGCGGGUUGCUGGAGGGCAAGCUGGAAGCCUGAGGCAAAGAGUAGACCCGCGAUCUGCGGGAGUUUUGGGCGCAGCAAGCAGAGCAAGAAGGCACCUUUGGGUGUUUUUGCUUGUACCAGGCAUACAUAGGA